UCUGUCGCCGCCAUUGUGCGGCACUGGUCCCCUCGGAAGGUGCCAGCUGGCGCGAACGCCUCGGGUUCUCACCCUCGCCUGCCGCUCUCCUGUCUGGGGAGCCCGGCGGGUCCGGGACUCCCGUCCUUGCCGGUGCUGGCGCCGGCAUGUGGCUGUGGGAGGAGCAGGGGGGCCUCCUGGGUCCCUUCUCCUUCCUGCUGCUGCUGCUGCUGCUGGCGACGCGCAGCCCCUUCAAUGCCUGCCUCCUCACCGGCGGCCUCUACGUCCUGCUGCGCCUCUUCAGCUUUGAGCCAGUGCCCUCCCUCAGGGCCUUGCAGGUGCUCAAGCCCCGGGGCCGCGUCUCCGCUAUCGCCCACCGCGGUGGCGGCCACGACGCGCCUGAGAACACCCUGGCGGCCAUCCGACAGGCAGCUAAGAAUGGAGCAACAGGUGUGGAGUUGGACCUUGAGUUUACGUCUGACGGGAUUCCUGUCUUAAUGCAUGAUAGCACAGUAGACAGGACAACUGAUGGGACUGGUCAAUUGUGUGAUUUGACAUUUGAACAAAUUAGGAAACUUAAUCCUGCAGCAAAUCACAGAUUGAGGAAUGAUUUCCCUGAUGAAAAGAUCCCCACCCUGAGGGAAGCUGUUGCAGAGUGCCUAAACCAUAACCUCACAAUCUACUUUGAUGUCAAAGGCCAUGCAAAUAUGGCUACUGUUGCUCUAAAGAAAGCUUAUCUGGAGUUUCCUCAAUUAUACAAUAAUAGUAUCGUCUGCUCUUUCUUACCGGAUGUUAUUUACAAGGCUCAUUCAAGGAGUCCUGGUGGUACAGUGGAGAAGAGCUCAGUCGCUAACUGGAAGGUGGGCGGUUUGAACCUGAUGAGACAAGCAGAUCGGAAUGUAGUAACGGCUUUAACUCACAGACCUUGGAGCCUUAGCUAUACAGGAGAUGGGAAACCACGUUAUAAUUCUGUCUGGAAACAGUCCAUGUUUGUGAUUAUGGACAUUUUGCUCGACUGGAGCAUGCACAAUAUCUUGUGGUACCUGUGUGGAAUUUCAGCUUUCCUCAUGCAAAAGGAUUUUGUAUCCCCGGCCUACUUGAAUAAGUGGUCAGCUAAAGGAAUCCAGGUUGUUGGCUGGACUGUUAAUACUUUCGAAGAAAAAAGUUACUACGAAUCCUAUCUUGCUUCCAGCUAUAUCACAGACAGCAUGUUAGAAGACUGUGCACCUCAAUUCUAGACUGUUGCCCCAUGGAGGAAACAUGGUUUCCAAAACUGCCUGCCGGCCUCAUGCAGGGAUGUCAAAGCACCUGUGUGCUAGCCCAAGCCCUAGGGGGUCAGGUGACUCACAGGAGCAACAGUCGGGAAUGGCAUUUUUCCCUGAACCAAAGCAAAACCCGUGUUCCCACCACACUCCAUGGAGUGCCUGAGUUCAACACUGUUGCUGUUGGAAAUCUGGGCCUGAGAAGAGGUACCACAGCUCCUGCCCCAUCUUAGCUGAGGUGCGCACCAAGACCCAGUGAGAAUAAGCACAGACUGAGUUGUGCAAUUUGGGAAUACAGGUGCAAAUGCAUGGGAAAUGCAUGAUCGCUCAGAGUUGACAUUUUUAAAACUUGGCACACUUAUGUAAUGUACUGAUUUCAAAUUAACAGUGUACUGUAGAUGUCAAACUUUGACCAUAAUAAUAAAAUCAUUAAAAGGUCCACUAAGGGAAAA